AUGAAGAACGGUGGCUUUGACUUGGAUAGCUACCGCUGCCCAGCUUGCCACUUAAACUCAACUGAGCUCAACUCAACUCAAUUCGCCCGUCUCAUCACGCGACCCAAGAGCGGCCCGAAUUCGACAAAGACGGCAAAUCCCGCCAAUGCCCACGACCUGGAAGUUUGUUGGCCACAGUGGGAUACGGAUAGUCAAGGGUGGUGGAAACGCUCCGAGUUCCAGCUUCUCCUCUCUCAAAGCACGCCAAAUAACAUGGGCUUGCAUCCCGAACGCCCACCGAUGCAACAAGGGAGUGACAGGCCAGCCCCUCCUAGUAGUCCCCACGUCUGUAGGGGCUCCCUUUCUCUCCUUUGUGGCGACCCCGAUGGCUUCUUCAAGAUUUCGGCCGGUGCCAGCUGCGUCUCUCCAGUUGUUUGCCCUAUUUUGGUCGAUGGGUCUUGGUCGUUCACACGAAAUCGACCAAGCUUCCCACCUAAUCCCAAUUCGAGGACAUGGAUUCAGAGGCGGUAG